CCUGCUCUGCUGCUGCCCCCUUUGCAGAAACCCGCCCCACAUUCUGCCCCCCAAUGCGCUCGCCCCAAGGCCCGAGUGUGGGGCUGCAGCAGCUGAAGGAUGUCCCCAUUCGCGGCCGCUGGGAUUUCCCCCUCCCUCCGACCUGGGGGGCGGAUUCCCCGGGGGCCCUGCCCUGGAGGAAGGCAGGAUUCGGCGGCGCUCCAGCGCCCAGGAGAGUUUGCCUCCAGUCCCUGGAGGAUUUGGAUUCUAGUGUUGUGGGAGGCGAAGAGAAAGUUAUCGCUCUCUGCUUCCUUCACACCGUGCAUUGUUGUGGAAACCUCGGUUGCUCUCUGUACAGAUCCUUGGGGGAUCUCUCCUAGAGGAAGAUGGGUCUGUUAAUGGCAACCAGUAAUGACUGCUAAAUGGAACCUCCUGCUUCGGAAGCAGUCUAGCUCUGAAUGCCAGUGGUUGGGGAGGAGCAACGCCCGCAGAAGGCUGUUGCCUUCAAGCGUAUGGGCAUCACAGAAACAUCUGGUGGGAUCCUGCAAGGAGCAGAACGAUGAACUAGAAAAGAGGGGUUUCAGGCUUUUGAGUGCGCGCAGCCCCGCCCCGCCUCCUUUUCCUCGCGCGCUGAUUGGAGGGCAGCCGCCGUCGCUCCGCGCCUGGCCCCGCCUUCCCCGCGCGGCAGCGCGCCCGAGCAACUUGCCCAACACCGCCAGCGCCAUGCAGCAGCCGGCGGAGCUUGCGCGGCCGCGGGCCCCAGACCACACGGUGAGCCUGAACACGGGCGCCCCCUUGCCCCUCCUGGGACUGGGCACCUUCCGCCUGCGUGACGAAGAGACCCUGCGCCUGAGCCUGGACGCGGCGCUGGGGAGCGGCUACCGUCUCGUGGACACGGCCGCCGUCUACGGCAACGAGGCCGCCCUUGGGCGCGCCCUGGGCGAGUUGUUGCCGCGCCACGGGCUCGCCCGCGGAGAUGUCUUCCUGACCAGCAAGCUCAGCCCCAGGGACCAGGGAGAGGGGCCUGCCCGAGCGGCCUGCCUCCGCAGCUUGCAAGAACUGGGCUGCGACUACCUGGACCUCUGCCUCAUCCACUGGCCGGGCACUCAGGGCCGCCCCCAGGAAGACGAGGGGAACCGAGAGUGCCGGCGGCUGAGCUGGCAGGCCCUGGAGCGGCUGCAUGAAGCUGGGAAGCUGCGAGCCAUCGGCGUCUCCAACUACACCGUCCGGCACCUGCAGGAGCUACUGGCCCAUUGCCGGGUCGUCCCGGCCGUCCUGCAAGUGGAGUUCCACCCGGAACUGGCCCAGUCGGCGCUGCUGGACUUCUGCCGCCAGAAGGGCAUCCACCUACAAGCGUACUCCUCGCUGGGGGCCGGCCACUUGGUGGGGCGGCCAGAGGUCACCGAGGUUGCCCGGCGCCGGGGCCGCACGCCCGCUCAAGUCCUGCUCCGCUGGGCUCUGCAGCAGGGCGUGAGCGUCAUCCCCAAGUCGGCCUGCCCGGCCCGCGUGGCUGAAAACGCCCAGCUCUGGGACUGGGAGUUGAGCCCGGCUGAUAUGGAGUUGCUGGGAGGCAUGGAUUGUGGGAGGCGCUACUGUUGGGACCCCAGCGAGGUGGCGUAGGCAGGAUGUCAGGCCCGGAGUCCGGCUCUCCAAGGUCGGCCCUCAGUGCCAUAUCGGGGGGGGCGGGCACUGGCUGAUGUGAGUUUGGGCAGUGUCUGCACCCCUAGAGAUGGAAAGUCGCGGCUUCUCUCAUUGACACGCUCUGCACCAGAAGUAACAACACUUUAAUGAAGGCUUGUACAAAUGUGAUCCAUAGAAAAACAGAAAUCCAGGCCUUUUAUUCCAAUAAUG